CGACCGCGACGCCGCCGUUAUCAUGAAGUCUCUGGGCGCGCCUUAACGUCAUUACACUAAAACACCGUCGCCGUCGUCGUCUCGUCCACCAUCCACCAUGCCGCCGCCGAAGAGCGACGCCGGCAUUGGCGCUGGCUUCAACCUCAAGUCUCCCAGCAUCGACCCACAUCCAUCCGGCCCGCCGCAACAUGGCCAGCUGGGCCAGGCCGAGCGCGGCAUGUCCGUCGCCUCGACCUUUUUGUCCGGUGUUCUGGCUAUCAAUGCCGCCCAGUUCAUUGGCCUCCCCUUCAAGAUGAUUGAUCCCAAAUUUUACAACGAGUACAUUGCCUUUACCAAGCAGUCCUUUGCCGUUUUGAUUGCCACUUUGACCCAAAUCUGGUCCCCCACCAAGGUCCAUGUCAGUGGAGACAAGAGCUUGCCAGGCCAGCUCGCCUUAAAACCCGAUGGUAGCCUGGAGUGCAAGUUUCCGUCGCGCGUUGUUCUGAUGGCCAACCACCAGCUCUACACAGACUGGCUCUACUUGUGGUGGAUUGCCUACACCAACAAGAUGGCUGGUCAUGUCUACAUCAUCCUCAAGGAGUCCCUCAAAAACAUCCCACUUAUUGGCUGGGGUGCGCAGUUUUACAACUUCAUCUUCCUUGCUCGGAACUGGGAAAAGGACAAACCCCGCUUCCAGGAGCAUUUGCAGGAGCUCAACAAACCCAAGGAUCCCAUGUGGUUAAUCAUCUUUCCGGAGGGUACCAAUCUUUCGGCCUCAACGCGGGAGUCCAGCAGGAGGUGGGCGGAGAAAAAUGGCAUCCAAGACUUGCGCCAUCAACUGUUACCUCGGAGUACAGGACUCCGCUUUUGCCUGCAGAAUUUGAAGGAUACGACGGAAUGGUUGUAUGACUGCACGAUUGGCUAUGAAGGAAUACCGUACGGUGCUUACGGCCAGGACGUUUUCACACUCCAAUCAUCUUUCCUCGAGGGUCGCCCUCCAAAGUCGGUCAACAUGCACUGGCGCAGAUUCCGAAUCUCCCAGAUCCCGAUAGAGGACCCUCAAGCUUUCGAAGUCUGGCUCCGGAAUCGUUGGAAGGAGAAGGAUCAUUAUCUCGAUUACUUUGCGCGUACUGGCCGGUUUCCUGCCGAAGAUCCGUGGAAAGCUAAAGAUGUGAAAAACAUCAAACCGGCCAAGUCGCUCGAGGCACAGGUCAAAUCUGGGAGCUGGGGCGAGUUUCUCGCCAUCUUUGCGCCUAUUUCGGCGUUUUUGACGGUAUUAUUCCUCUUUUACAGCGGAUCUGUAGGAUCGUUGUUAGACCCCGGUUCUAACAGGUCUCGGAAAAUCCAGGCUCAGGAAGAGGGCCAGUUACAAGAUGGCGGCCUACCGGAAUCAUUAGCCAAGAAGGCGCUGAAGAAUGCCAGAGCCGCUGCCGGCUCCGAGGCCUCUGGCACUUCCGCCGGAAAACCACAAUACGGCGAGUGGGACGCCAUUCGGAAAGCGCUCGAAGAAAAAGGGGCGAAAAACUUAGGGUCGUUUGCACCAAAAGCUCCCAGUACUGCAGACGACGUAUCCGGUCAUCGCUCGUUCUCCCAGCCAGGUACAAGACGAGCGCCGUCAACGUCAGGACCCAGCUCAGGGGAUGUCAAGCAACCACUCAAGGUCGAUAUGUCGAAUGAUGCACUGAAGGCACUUCUAGCGAAGCAUUUAGGAAAGGCAGAAAACAGCAAACAGUUGGCACAGCAAACGAUCAAACUGGCAAACGGUCAAGUCAUUAAGGCCAAUGCGCCAGAGACAACCGCUGUACACAAGCCGGCUUCGCCUUCUCCGGUGAAACUGGCCAACGGACUUGUCAUCGGCUCAAAUGCAAAAGAGAGCAAACCGUCUUCGCCGGGCCCAGUCAGGUUAGCAAACGGGCUAACCGUAGGCCAGGGCUCGCCGCCUCCCACAAAAACAUCAUCUCCAGCUUCGCCGAAACCUUUGAAGAAAACCAUGGGGUCGAUACCAGAGCGGAACAAAGCACCUCUCAAGACACCCAGCAAGCCCUUACAAUCAACACAGCUAUCACCAGCGACGAAGGCGUCGGCUGCGACUACCUCGACGCCUUCCCUCACCACGGCGCCGACGCGUUCGGUCACCAGCGCGGCAACACCGGCCAAAAAACCGGCCAAACUUGCAACGAAGGCGCCGGCUUCACCCGCGCCGAAGGCUCAGGCAGCGAACAAGCCGGCGCCAGCGCCAGCACCCAAAGCCGUACCUAAAGCUGAUGCUAAGCCGGCGCCUUCGCCCGCAAAAGCAGCGCCGAAAUCGACGAGUAAUCAGAAGACGGUUCCAGGAGGAAAGUGGGGCCAGGGAAAGUCUGAAGGCGGCACGGGGCUCGGGAGGACUAUCCCUCUGAGCGUGCAAGAAACGAACCGGGGGUCGAAGGAGAAGGCUGCGCCUAGGAAGAUGGAUGCUGUGCAGGCGAGAAAGGCGGCGAAUUCGAAGUAGUAUCUAGUAAUAGGAGGAGGAGGAGGAGGAUGGAGAUUGACCAUUAUACCCGUUAAAAAUAGUAUGGAGU